AUGGACUUUGACGACCUCGCCGUGGACAACGGGUACCAGCUCGGCGGCGCAGACGACGAACGGGAGCGGGCACAGAAUGCCGCCAUCAUUGAAGAGCUCGAACGCAAGAAGCGUCUCCGAAAGCUGGCCGUUCCAACAGACGACAAGAAGGUCAGGGAGAGGCUCAGGGCGUACGGCGAACCUAUAACGCUGUUUGGUGAAGGGCCGGGGGACAGAAGAGAUCGUCUGAAAUAUGUACAAGAGCAGAUGGAACAGGCAAAGGGCGGAGGCGGCAUGAUCGUGGAUAGCGACGAUGAGAGUAGUGAUUCCGAGGGCGAAGAAGAAGAGUUCUACGAGGGGUCCAAUGACCUUCUCCAAGCCCGGCGCAAAAUGGCAAAGUACUCUAUUCUGAGGGCAAAAGACCGUGUCACUCGGCAGCGUCAGGAAUACAGCUUGCCACUUGGCAAAUUGGUCAACCAUCGUAAAGCAAUCUUCAAAGAUCUCCAAACCUUCAACAAUCUCGGCUCGCAACACGGUGACGAUCGCCCCCUCUCCACCAUCCGCUUCUCCCCCAACUCUCAAUACCUCCUGACCACAUCCUGGACAGGCGCCACCAAAAUAUGGGACAUGCCCAACCUCAAUCCCGUCUGUACCAAACGGGGGCACGAGGAAAAGCUGGGAGGAGCGGCGUGGUAUCCUUUUGCCGGGUUGGAGAAUGGAUGGACGGAUGACAGUCUCGCUUUUGCGACGGGCGGGGGAGAGGGCGAUGUCAAGUUGUGGAGCAUGAACGGGGAAAAGUCGAUCGGGACGCUCAAGGGGCACACUUCGCGAGUCGGGCGGAUGGCAUUCCACCCUUCGGGUGAAUAUCUCGCUUCGGCAGGUUUCGACGGCACAUGGCGCCUAUGGGACGCACAUAAACAAAAAGAGUUGAUGAUCCAGGAAGGACACAGUAAGGAGGUGUAUGCCUUGGGUUUCCAAGAUGAUGGAGCGUUGAUUGCGUCCGGUGGUUUCGAUGCGAUAGGAAGAGUGUGGGAUCUGCGUACAGGCCGAACCAUCAUGAUUCUCGAUGGACACGUCAAAGAAUUGCUUGCCAUGGACUUUGCCCCCAACGGAUACCAAAUAGCAACAGGUUCAGGCGACGAUACCGUCCGUAUCUGGGACCUCCGCGCGCUCAAAACGCAAUACAUUAUACCCGCCCACAAGUCCAGUGUGUCGGACGUACGAUUCUUCCGAGAUAGCGGGGAGAAAAAGUUGCUGGGCAUGGGACCGGAUGGGGAGGCCGUCGAAAAGGGCGGGAAGGAUGUGGUGGAAGGGCCAGCAGAUGGAAUGGACGUGGAUGCGUCCCAUGACCGACCAGAGGCGAACGGGGAAGAUGUCAACCCCUCACGUUCGGGCACAUUCCUCCUCACAGCAGGGUUUGACAACACCGUCCGUCUAUGGUCGGCAGACGAGUGGAACCUCGUGCGAAACUUGUCGACAGACGCGGGCAAGGUGAUGAGUGCCGAUAUCAGCGGCGAUGGCAAGUUUGUGGCUAGUGCUAGUUAUAGUAGAAGUUUCCAUCUGUUUGGGGGUGAGAAUUCACUGUAGUCUGUACCAUAUCAGGCAAUCGAUGCAUUAAUCAACAG